ACUGCACGGAACAAACGGGAUUGUUCACUUCACUUUUAUCCUGGCGGCAACGUAGUUUCGUUGAUCUCGAAAGAAAAAUCUGCGAUUCCCGUGCAAUUAGUGUAAAUUUGUGUGUUUCACCGUUAAUAACGUUAAAUAUAUAAACCCCAUCGAGAACAUAAAAAUGGACCAGAUUGCCAAGAUCUACGAGCCAGGCCGUUCGUUCGCCAAGGACUCGAUCAGGCUGAUCAAACGGUGCACCAAGCCCGAUCGGCGUGAGUUCCAGAAGAUUGCGAUCGCCACCGCCAUUGGUUUCUGCAUUAUGGGAUUCAUCGGUUUCUUCGUAAAACUGAUACACAUCCCUAUCAACAACAUCAUCGUUGGAUCAUAAAUACCAUCCCGCGGCUGUCGGAGGGAAGGCUUGAAAGGUUGCCACUCGAGCGCAGCAGGGUGGAUAAUAAAAGCAUUGAUUCAUUCGUCUUAUACAUCUAUAAGAUAGUUUCUCUUUAGUGUUUAAUCGUACGUAAGAAUGGUGUUUGUCGAUGUGUUUAGACUGAAGCAAACGAGAGAAAAAUAAUAAUAUAACUUAUUGUUUGACUAUACACAGUUCAA